AUGAUGAGCUCGAUCGAGCUGAGUUGGACCAAGGCUGGGAUGGAUCACGUUCUUGGCAAAGGGAGAAAGAAGAUGGUGACCUUUAGGCAGCUUGAGAUACUGUUUGGGUCCAAGGCUGCUCAGAUCAGGAGUCCAGUGCUGAGAUAUGUCACAAGCCUUGCCAACACCUUCUUUGCAAGGAAGCCACUGGGACAAUCAAUGAAGGAGAAGUCAAGCUCCUUGACAUGGGAAUCAAGCCCAUCAUCUCACGCACAAGGAUGGGAAGAAGAUCAGAGGAGACAGGGCACACAGGAAUUCAUGCCUCUCCUUGAUCAGCUAUCUCCUAAGACCACAGCCUACAACACUCAUCAAAAGGGAAGAAAGCUAAGUGUUGGAGGGAUCAUCACACCUAUCCUUGUGCAGCUGGUGUCAGUAAACAAGAAGAAGGCAACUCCAGCUGGUUGGAUGGACAUCAAGUUUUGCAAGACCAACCUCCUCAUUGAUCACAAGGAAGUGGAUGGGAGGUACCAAUUCAAGUUCACACACCCCACGGCUGGACCCUUCCAAGCUUCUCCUGCCCAACCCUGA